AUGUUGCGUCGCUUUGUCGUCCGGGGGAUGUACCGUUCACGACUUUCCGCCUAUGGAAAGAUAACGGUCGCCGCCGCCAUCAGACAUGCCGCUACUGUAUGCAGCAACAGCAGUGCGAGCCUUAGCAACAACGGCACCACAGCAGCGGCAGCAGUCGCGGAGGUUGGCGAGGUGCCGACGCUAAGCUUUCUCGCCUCCAAGACCGUUCUGGCCGAGACGGUGGAUCGCACCAUUGAGGUUUGCGACGCACUUCUUGGCGAGAUACCAAAGGCAAAGAAUGCAAAGGAAAAACACGACCUCAUUGAUUCCACAAGCAACGUGUUGUGCCUCCUCUUAGAUCCGUGUGAGUUCGUCCGGCAAAUCCACCCGGAUGAAGAAUACAAAAAGUAUGCGGCGUACGCCUUCCAGAAGGGAUAUGAGUAUAUGAGCAAGGUAAACUCUCGUCGUGACUUGUACGAUGUCAUUGUCGAGCUAGACGGUUCUGAGGGGCGCAAACAACUCGAUGAUGAGGAAAUUAAAAACGUGGUGCAGUUGAAGCGUGACAUGGAAAGCAAUGGCAUUCAUCUGCCGGAUGCACUACGUGAGAAGGUGACGGAGAUGAAUAUUGAGAAGGAGGAGUUGGCGAUGCGGUUCCUGACGGAGCAAGGGUCGAAAAAUCCCUUCGCCACUCUACGCUACCUUCUUCGCUGCCGUCACGAGCUGGCACAACUGCUUGGAUUUGAAAGCUACGCGGAACAGCAACUCCGUGGGACGAUGCUGGAGAACCAGCAACGUGUCUGGCACUUCCUCUGUGGCAUCGCCAAUAAGUACCGCCCCGCUGCAGAGAAGGAGUUGGACGUAAUUCGGCAAAAUGUCGGAGAGGUGCGUAAUCGGCAGAACAUCACAGACGAUGUUCGUGCCCGCGUAGCUCACUCGCUGCGGCGCGAUGCUGAGCCUGAACGGGUGGCAGAGUAUUUCUCCGUGGCGAACUCUAUCCGCGGCAUCCAGUGCCUCUGCACGGAGGUGUUUGGGGUGCGGCUUGAGGAGGUGCCAUUCAGUAAGGAGGAGAUUUUUAACGCAGACGCCAAGAAGUUCCACGUGUACGACGAGCACCGCGCAUUCCUCGGGGUCAUCGUGCUGGACAUGUACGUCAACGAGAUGAAGUACUGCCAGGCGGGGCACCUAACGUUGCAGCUCGGCUGCCAGCCGCACCAGGCAGCCCUCGCGAAGGUGGGCCUGCAGCUGCCGCAGCGGCAGUACCCCGUCGUGGUGUUGACAUGCAACGUGGGCGCCAUCACGCCCGCACAGCGCCGCGCCGAUGGCAGAUUUGACGACGAAUCGACGCUCAUGCAGCCGAGCGAGGUGACCACCGUCUUCCAUGAGUUUGGCCACGCGAUGCACACCAUCUUUGGCCAGACGAAGGUGCAGAACCUCGCGGGAACACGCGCCAGCAUUGAUUUUGUGGAGACUUUCUCGCAGCUCUUCGAACAGUUCCUCACCUCGCAUGAGUUUCUACGGUUGUGGGCGCACCGCAUCAACACGCGUGAGCCUAUAUCGUUUGACAUGGUCAUGAAGCGCAAUGCGGCUGCCGAUAUGUUCAAGCACCUCGACAUGCUAGAUCAAGUGGUGCUUUCGGCUGUGGAUCAGACACUCCACGGGCCACAGCCGUACACAGUAUACUUCCCGCAUGGCGAUAAGGGGCACCUUGGCAAGCGCACACUCGGCGACAACUCCGACUACGGUCGCGGAACGUAUAACUUGGCGAAAAUUCUCAUCGACGUGUGUACGCCAUUGUCAGUCGUGACGCCUACGGAGAGCGGUGUCCUUGGCACGCUGUCGUUCGAGCACCUCUCCGGCUACCCUGCUGGCUACUACGGCUAUCUCUACAGUCUUUCUGUGGCGCGGCGCAUCUGGGCUAAGAAGUUCGAGAAGGACCCGCUGAAUCGAGACGCAGGGCGGGAGUUGGUGCAGAAGGUCAUGAAAUACGGCGCUGCAUGCAACCCUGUGGAGGUGAUUGAGAAGUACUUGGGUGACGACCUGGAUGAGAUUGACAUCUGGGCAUAA